CAAAAACAGAGAGACAGCGCGAGAGAGUGGCAGUGAAUUACACCCUCUUCCUUCCUUCUGUAAACGACAACUUGUGCUUUUUCGCUUCUUCUAUCUUCUUCCUCUGUCUCUCCCUCACUCCGUCAAUGGCGUCGACGAGUGCUUUAAGCUCCCGGCUUUCCAACUUCCACCGCCUCACCGACUCCCAGGAGCACCUCUCUUUCCGUGAAGUAGUAAACUCACAUCCAGCAUGUCCUUCAAUUGUUUCUUGGCCUGGUGUUAAGACCAGGAGGGCGCCCCGUUCCUCCCGUGUGUAUGGCUUAUUUGGAGGAGGAAAAAAGGAUAACGCUGAAAAGGGUGAUGAUGCAGCUUCAAAGGCUGGAAUAUUCGGUAAUAUGCAAAAUCUGUAUGAAACAGUUAAGAAAGCUCAAAAUGUAGUACAAGUUGAAGCAGUGCGUGUGCAGAAAGAGCUUGCUGCGGCAGAGUUUGAUGGUUACUGUGAAGGUGAGAUAAUAAAGGUAACCCUUUCUGGUAACCAGCAACCCGUACGCACUGAGAUAACCGAGGCUGCUAUGGAACUAGGAGCAGAAAAAGUCUCUGAAUUGGUCACAGAAGCAUACAAGGAUGCGCAUCAGAAGAGUGUCAUGGCCAUGAAGGAGAGAAUGAGCAACCUUGCCCAGAGUUUAGGAAUGCCACCAGGCCUGGGAGAAUUGAAAUGAUGAGUUACCGGCGCAUCUCUAUGACACUCAACUGUCCUAUCUUGUAAUCUCUAUGUUGAAUCCUUUUUUCUUCAUACCUUUAAGUUCGAAUUCAAGGAAAAAUCGUUCAUUGCUUUGUAACGGAAGAUUCAAAAUUUUCAAUGAGGUCGAGUUUCAAGAUUUCAGCUAA